CGAAGUAAACCAUGGCAACCUGGAAACUAUGGAGAGUCACCACAGAGAUAAUGCAUGUGGAAAAGUAUCUUCUCUGAGCUUAAACCUUGAAGUUUCUUUAGCACAAAUAUCUCAUACACCUGACAUACUUGGGAAAUACUUGAAACCUAAUCUAGAAUGUAUUACUCAGAAUAAAAGCUACACAAGAAAUGAAGUGGAAUUUAAUCAAUGUGACAAGUUAUUUCUUUAUACUAAGCAUGAGAAAAUUCUUAAUAGACAAAAAUACGACGAAUAUAGGGAACACAUUAAAGCUUUCAGCCGUAAGUCACAGCUUAUUAAACACUGGAAAACUCAAAUGGCAGAGAGACACUACAGCUGCACUGACUGUGGGAAAGCUUUUUCCCAGAAGUCAGACCUCAUUAAGCAUCAGAGAACACACACCGGAGAGAAACCCUAUGGGUGCAGUAGGUGUCAGAAAGCCUUCAGCCAGAAGUCCCAUCUCAUUUUACACCAGAGAACCCACACAGGAGAGAAAUGGUUUGAGUGCUGCAUGUGUCAGAAAGGCUUCAGUGAUGAGUCACAAGUCACAUUACAUCGAAGAACACAUACAGGAGAGAAGUCCUACAGAUGUGAUGAAUGUCAAAAAAGCUUCGGCAAUCAGUCACAGCUCAUUAUUCAUCAGAGAUCUCACACGGGAGAGAAACCCUAUGGUUGCCAUGAAUGCGGAAAGACAUUUCCCCUUAAGUUUAGCCUCAUUUUACAUCAAAAAACACAUACAGGGGGAAAACCUUAUGGAUGCAGUGAUUGUGGGAAAGCCUUCAUCCAGAGAUCUGAGCUCAUCAGACAUCAGAGAACUCACACAGGAGAGAAACCUUAUAAUUGCAGUGAAUGUGGAAAAGGCUUUAGUGUAAAGUCAUUCCUCAACACUCACUGGAGAACUCAUGCAGGAGAGAAGCCCUAUGGAUGCAAUGAAUGUGGAAAAACAUUCUCCAUCAAAUUUAGUCUCAUCCUACACCAAAGAACUCACACAGGUGAGAAACCCUACGAAUGCCCUCAGUGUCAGAAAGCUUCCACCUAAAAGUAACAUCUCACUAUUUAUCAGAGGUCUCACACAGGAGAAAAACCCUACAAAUGCAGUGAAUGCCACAAAGCCUUCAGCCAGAAGUCGUAUUUCCUUAUUCAUCAGAGAAUUCACUCUGAAGAGAAGCCUUAUCAAUGCCACAAAUGUGGGAAAACUCUCCCACAAGUUUAGCCUCAUCAUUCAUCAGGGAAUCCAUACAGGUGAGAAACCCUAUGGAUGCGGUGAAUGUGGGAAAACUUUCCCUAUGAAGUUUAGCCUUGUUUUACAUCAGAAAACACAUACGGGAGAAAAACCCCACGAAUGCCAUGAGUGUCAAAUCUUUUGCCCAGAUGCCACAUCUUAUAUACCUCAAAGAACUCACACAGGUGAGAAACGUUACAGAUGCAGUGAGUGCUAGAAAACUUUCUCCCACAAAUUUAGCCUCAUUUUACAUCAGAAAACUCAUCAAGAAAAGUCAUGAAGAAAGUUAAUAUCCAAAAGUUGUCACUGAAAGGAAAUAGCUCAUUACACUCCAGAGUUUACGUAGGAGUGAAACCUUAAGAAUGAAGCAGAUUUGGACACUUUCCAGAUUCAUACCACGUUACUUUUAUCAGACAAUGGUACUACAUAGAAUGCCAGACAGGAGGAAAUACCUUUCCUGAUAAAUGUCAAUUGAAUGUAGGCUAGAGGGAACAAAUAGGAACUUCUGUGUAUGUAUUAAUGGUGGGGAUGUUGUUGGUAUGAAAUUUAGCUACAGAGAAUUGACAUUUAGGGGAAAGUCAUGCUUUCAUGGUAUCAUUUAUGAGGGAAUUCAUUUCCUGUACUUUUGACAUAAUACACAGCAUUACAGAAAUUAUUAAAUAUGUAAAUAAAGACAGUAGUUAGAAAACAAAGCAAAAAUUAUAGCAGAACCAUGUGAAAAUACAUAAGUGUUCUGUACCUAUUUUAAUAAUAACAUGAUUUUUGUAUUUGGGAAUUGUGUGUGUGAGCAUUAAUGAUUGUGACUCCCUAGUUCAUGUGCUUAAAUGUCAUAAAAUUUUACCACAGAAUAUCUGCACUGUGUCUUUGUAUCAUCAUAAUGCUACAUGAAUUGUAAAUGAACUACAUGGUUCAUUAUUUUAGUAAAAGAAUAUUAUGACUUAAUAUCUUGCCACCUCUACCAUGCCCCACUGUAUGCUUUAUUAGUAAGUGGGCCUGGAAAUUUCUGAAUCUUUCUUGAGUAAAACUUUUGUUUUCAUUGAUCCGAAGAUGGAAAAAUUGUCCCAUGUAUUAACAACGCUUAAGUGAAAAUGCA